UCCAAUACGUAAUGUUUGCAACAAAUUAUGUAUUUUGGGAAAAGAAAUGUUUUGUUUUGUAAAGAAACACUUUGUUGUUGAUACUUAGCAAAUGUAUUAGAUAUUCUCGUUGAUCAUAGGAUGCCUUGACUCCUCGUCCCCGACCUGGACUAGACUAAAAUCUUACUCAAUCAGUUUACUUUCAACACUAGACGGGAGCAGAAGUUUACCAAAAAUAAUAUAAUUCGUAAUAUAUAUUUUUAUUGUAAAUAAAACGCAUAGCUUUUGGGUUUUAUAGAAUGGAGAGAAUACGUUUAUUUAUACGUGUCGGGCAGGCAAUCAGGAGGACUCACCGCUCCAAUCAUAUCUCGGCACUUGUUCGUCGCAACUUCACGCCCUCGUCGGUGGACAGCGACAGCAGCAGGGGCCAUGGGAUUGGUAAUGGCAGAGCAUGUCGGCACUGCAGCAACCAGCUCGUGGCGGACUACGUUGUGGAUGACGUGCUAUAUGACCGUGUCUGUACGGAGACAUUGAAUUCACUGUCCGACUACUUCGACGAACUCAUUGAGAAUGCAACAGAACUGAGCGGCGCCGAUGUGAUCUUUGGGGAUGGUGUGCUGAGUGUUAAUCUGGGCACUGAUUAUGGUGUCUAUGUGAUCAAUCGGCAGCGACCCAACAAACAAAUCUGGUUAAGCUCGCCCACAACCGGACCCAAACGCUUCGAUUAUGUUGUUCCACCGGGCCAAACUAACGGCUAUUGGGUCUACAAGCAUACGGGCGUAACACUGCAUCAGGUGCUCCAAGAUGAAAUCACACAAAUCAUCAAAUCGCUGUCCAUCAACUUCAUGACUCUGCCCCAUUGCAACUGAGGCGCAAACAUGUUGCAAGUGUUGCAAAUUGAAAA